GAGCGGUGCGCCGCCCUGUAAUUAUCUAGUUGGAAGUUUGGUCGCGCUACGUUGUCACCGUUGUCACCGGAAAUGCAGUACGUGGACCCGCCCGCGCAACAGAUGAUGAGCAUGAUGAGUGGCUACGGGUGUGGAUAUGGUCGCGGGGAGGCGGUGUCACCGGCCUCGGAUCUGUCGUCGUGCAGCAGCGCGUCGUCAGGCGUGUGGUGUGGUCUGCCGCCGGCGUACCCGCCGCAGUACCCCGCCUAUUGGCCGUCCGCCACCGCUGACGAGGCCAGAGAACUGCAACGCCGCUGUGCUAAAUGUCGCUGCCCCAACUGCCUGACAGAAGCAGCGGGCUUCGGCCCCAACUACGGCAAGGACGGAGCGAAACGAGAACACGUCUGCCACGUCCCCGGCUGUGGCAAAGUAUACGGCAAGACGUCUCAUCUGAAAGCUCACCUCCGCUGGCACACGGGCGAGCGGCCGUUCGUGUGCAACUGGUUGUUCUGCGGGAAAAGGUUCACGCGGUCCGACGAACUGCAACGACACCUGCGCACGCACACUGGUGAGAAGAGGUUCUCCUGCCAACUCUGCGCGAAGCGGUUUAUGCGCUCCGAUCACCUAGCUAAACACGUCAAGACCCACGCUAACGUCUCAAGAAAAAUCAAGAAAGCUAAGGACAGCGAGAAGGAUGAGUCUCCGAAAGUUUCUAGUGACAAGGUUGCCGAGCAAAACGUGACUGUAAACGAUGUUACACCAGUAACUUCGAUCGGCAGUUCGAAUUACGGAACGGUGCCUGUCGCAACCACUGCAAAGGAAAUGUCAUUGAACUACGCAGCGGUGGCCCCGAGCGUGGCGAGUGCUAAUGGAAUGAACUUCACCAGCGGAGGGAUGUAUGGCGGCGGGGCGGUGGUGAGCGGCGGCUGGGGCCCUGACGUCAGGCAAGACAUAUACUACUCCAGGCCUCCCGUGCGCGAUCACCGAAUGUAUCAACAAUACGCCUCUCCUUUGUCAUCAUAUCAGUGCGCCACUAAAGAUAACUACGCCGUUUUCCAAGGACAUUACACCUAUCAAGCCCCAAUGGCAAUCGGACAAUAAAGUUUUAAAUAGUGAAAUUAA